CCUUGCCUACCUUUAUUGGCUUGGAUACAUCAUAUUUUCAACUGGUCUAAUUACUCCAAUAAAUAUUCUAUUUGCUUAGUCGUGUAAGUCACGUGAGGCCAUAGUCCAUCUUAGCUUCGAACUUUCGAAGUACUACGCCGGUUUUCCAAUAACGUCCUUCGUCUCCCUACUCUUGCGCGCUCUGCGCGAGCGCACUUUCAAAAAGGUCGUUACGAUGGCAGCUCAGACCACCUCCGAUCAUCCCAGGAAACUCGCUGGGUAUGAGUUCUACCACCGGAUCCUCGGUAGCCCAAAGCUCAUCGUUGCGCCAAUGGUAGAUCAAAGUGAGCUGGCCUGGAGAAUUCUAUCACGCCGAUAUGGUUCCCAGCUUUGUUACACACCCAUGAUAAACGCCAAGAUGUUCUCCCCCCCUUCUUCUCACGCAUAUCGUGCUCAGGCAUUCAAUACUUCUUGUCUGGAAGAAGGUUCAAGUACACAUGACCGCCCCCUCAUCGUUCAGUUCUGUGCCAAUAAUCCUUCACAGCUCCUCACGAGCGCACUCGCUGUACAAGAUCACUGUGAUGCUAUUGAUAUAAAUCUUGGGUGUCCUCAGGAUAUCGCAAGGAAGGGACACUACGGAAGCUUUUUGAUGGACGAAUGGGAGUUGAUCCAUGACUUAAUUAACGUACUUCACGAAAACCUCUCCAUACCCGUCACUGCCAAAUUCCGAAUAUUUCCCUCCGUAGAAAAAACAGUGGCUUACGCCAAAAUGCUGGAAUCCGCAGGGGCCCAGAUCCUCACUUGCCAUGGUCGCCUGCGCACCCAACGUGGACAAAACACUGGACUCGCAGACUGGUCGCACAUCAAAGCCGUGAAAGAGGCAGUUCGGGUGCCUGUGUUCGCAAACGGCAACAUUUUAUUUCAUGAAGAUGUAGAGAAGUGCCUGAAAGAGACCGGCGUGGACGGGGUGAUGAGCGCUGAGGGACAGUUGUAUAACCCUGCAUUAUUUGCUCCUGCAUCAUCUGGGAAUCUGUCAUCGACCCUGACAGGUGCACACCCUCCCCAUGCGGACCUCGCGCUCGAGUACCUGACUAUCGUCAAGAAUCUCAAAACCCCAACAUCAACGAGCGCGGUCAAAGGUCAUUUGUUUAAAAUCAUGCAUCCCGCUCUGAGCAGGGAGACCGAUCUGAGGGAGAAAUUGGGGCGGAUCAGAGGGUCGAAUGUCAUUGAGGAGUAUAUUGAGGUUGCGAAGAAGAUGAAGGAGCGCAUGGAGAGGGAUGCUACGGAGGCGAUGAAGGGGGGACAGAUGAUUGAUGAUCUGAUCACGAUCGAGCCUACGACAGGGCUCAGAGUGCUGCCACAUUGGCUCUCACAACCGUACUUCAGGCCGCUUAAAUCUCCAACAGAGGCUUCGAAACGAGCUUCUUCACCGAUACCUUCGCAUGAAGACGUGAAGCGGGCGAGGCUUUCUGGGCAAUCUGCUGUGGGCGAUAUAGAUGUUUCUUUGUGAUCGCUAUCGACUGCGUCCUUCCCGUUCUUUCAUAAAAUAUAUCUCCUCUACCCAUACAAUACGCCA